GCCGCGGGCGCGCUGGGCCCGGGCGCUGCCGCCGCCGCCGCCACCAUCAUCAUCAUCAUCAUCAUCAUGAGCCUCCUGCGGGACGUGUCGCUGCUCGACCCGCGGCUCCGCUACGAGCUGCUGCAGCGCGUCGGGGCCGGCACCUACGGCGACGUCUACAAGGCCCGGGACACGGAGACGGGGGAGCUGGCGGCCAUCAAGAUCGUCAAACUGGACCCAGGCGACGACGCCGGCUCCGUGCAGCAGGAAGUGGCGACGCUGCGGCAGUGCCGGCACCCCAACGUCGUGGCCUAUCUCGGGAGCUACCUCCGGAACGACCGGCUCUGGAUCUGCAUGGAAUAUUGCGGGGGGGGCCCCUCCCGUCUCCGUCCGCAGCCGCGGGGGCCCCUGGCCGAGACGCAGAUCGCCUACGUGUGCCGGGAGACCCUGCAGGGGCUGCAGCACCUGCACAGCAAGGGCAAGAUGCACCGGGACAUCAAGGGAGCCAACAUCCUCCUGACCCACAGCGGGGACGUCAAGCUGGCGGACUUCGGGGUCUCGGCCGAGCUGACGGCGUCCGUGGCCAAGCGCAAAUCCUUCAUCGGGACCCCUUACUGGAUGGCCCCCGAGGUGGCGGCGGUGGACAAGAAGGGCGGCUACAACGAGCUCUGCGACGUCUGGGCCAUGGGCAUCACCGCCAUCGAGCUGGCCGAGCUGCAGCCCCCCCUCUUCGACCUGCACCCCAUGAG